AUGGUAUGGCGGCCGCAUCCUUUUUCCGGCGACUGGCGUUCGAUCUCUACAGCAGUCGAUCCAUCUCGACCGCAUCCCUUUCCGACGGCCGUCUCCUCCGGCGACAACAACCGGAGAAUUUCUAGACGCACGACAGCGGUCGAGAGAGGUGGCACCGUGGAGGUAUGUUUCACGCAUGAUUCCAACGACUAUCCACGCGGCGGAGAUAAAUUGGACGAUGACACACAUAUGCCCCUAAAACUUUUCAAAUUUACAAAAAUAAGGCCCUAUCAUAAAUCUGAAAAUCAAUCCACUGUUCUUGGCCAGGCCAUCGUCGAGGAACUUACCCUGGGGCCACCGGAAUACCUCACCCUGUUCGGCGACCACCUUUCCGAUAUCAGACGCCUCCAUCAUCGGAUACUUUGA